AUGGGUUUGAUCGCCUACUUCAUAUUGCCUUCGUCUCUAAGACUUAUUACUGGAGCUAUUGUUCAUCGACCUGAGCUCACCUACGAAGGCCCACGAAAGCGGGUUCGUGGGGCGAUAUUAUCAGAUGGUCUGCGCUUUAGUGCACGGGAGGAGGUUACCGUCACAGCUGGUACCCUCCGCACGCCUCAGACCUCAUGCUCUCUGGGAUUGGACCGACUAAUGCAUUUCUUCGCACGCUAUUUGCGGUGA